CAGAUGGCUUUUCCUCGCCGCAGGUCCCUUAACCCCAAGACUCUGCUCUUCUUCCUGGUGGGCGUGAGUUUCCUAGCUCUGCACCUGUGGCUUCUCGGCGCCCCGCGGCCGCCGCAGGAGGAGAAGCGGGACGGCCCCACCGCCGCCGCCUCGCAGACCCCGUCCCCGGCGCCGCAUCGGGGACCGCGGUGCGUGGCCAACGCCUCGGCGGACAGCACCGCGGACUUCCAGCAGCUGCCGGCGCGGAUCCAAGACUUCCUGCGGUACCGCCACUGCCGCCACUUCCCGCUGCUCUGGGACGCGCCCGCCAAGUGCUCGGACCGCCGCGAUGCCUUCCUGCUCUUGGCGGUGAAGUCGUCGCCGGCGCACUACGAGCGGCGCGAGCUCAUCCGGCGCACGUGGGGCCAGGAGCGCAGCUACGGCGGGCGGCCGGUGCGCCGCCUCUUCCUGCUGGGGACCCCGGCCGCCGAGGAGGCGGCGAUGGCGCCGCAGCUGGCCGAGCUGGUGGCGCUGGAGGCGCGCGAGCACGGCGACGUGCUGCAGUGGGCCUUCGCCGACACCUUCCUCAACCUCACGCUCAAGCACCUGCACCUGCUCGACUGGCUGGCGGUGCGCUGCCCGCGCGCCCGCUUCCUGCUCAGCUGCGACGACGACAUCUUCGUGCACACCGCCAACGUGCUGGGCUUCCUGGAGGCGCUGUCGCCCGAGCGCCACCUCUUCGUCGGGCAGCUCAUGGACGGCUCGGUGCCCAUCCGCGACAGCUGGAGCAAGUACUUCGUGCCGUCGCAGCUCUUCCCCGGGGAGGCCUACCCCGUGUACUGCAGCGGCGGCGGCUUCCUGCUGUCCCGCCACACGGCCCAGGCCCUGCGUGUCGCCGCGCGCCACACGCCGCUCUUCCCCAUCGACGAUGCCUACCUGGGCAUGUGUCUGCAGCGCGCCGGCCUGAGGCCCAGCGGCCACGAGGGCAUCCGGCCCUUCGGGGUGCAACUGCCCGGCGCCCAGCGGCCCUCCUUCGACCCCUGCGUGUACCGCAAGCUGCUGCUCGUGCACCGCUUCGCGCCCUACCAGAUGCUGCUCAUGUGGAAGGCGCUGCACGACCCGGCGCUGAGCUGUAGCCAGGGACACCGGGUCUCCUGAGGGCC